GUUUCGGACUACUGGCAGCUUCCCCGUUUAGCAUCGACUUCAGCGGCACGAGCGCUGGGGCUUGCUGCGGGGCCGGUCGCGCUGCUCGACCCGCUCGCGCCCGUGGCGGCCGCUGCUGUUGGGCCCGCGGCCCCCGCGCUGCCUGCCCCAGUCGGCGGCGCGGCGCCUGCCGCAGGAGCACAUCUCGGCGGCGGCGGCCUUGGCGCGCUGGCGGCGGCGCUUGGCGGCGGCGCGCCCGCGCCCGCGGCGGCUGUCGCAGUCCCCCCUGGCGCUGGCGGCGGCGGCGCCCCUCCCGUGGCGGCGGCAGCUGGUGGCGAUCCCCGCGAGAUGGCCCUCGUCCUCGACGACCGCGGCUUUCGUGACAUCAGCUUCAGCGACGCGGUGAAGCUCCAGACGGGGACGGUGUGCGCCGACCAGCCCGUGAAGGGCCCGCGGUGCCGUGGCCUGCCGGAACCGCUGGCUAGCGAUGAGCCGCUCAGCGAGCACGACGAGAACGUUGCGCUGCACGAGACGCUCUGCCGCGUCAUAGAGACCGCCCUCUGCCACGACCAGCUGGUGAUCUGCGAGCUCGCCUCGUAUGAGUACCUCGCCCGCCAGCUCCGACUCGCGGAGGGGCGCGCGUUCGAGGGGCGGUCGAGGAGGGCGCAGCCUGCGGCCAAGGCGAAGGCUCAGGCGAAGGAGGCCUCCCCAGCCGAUCUCGCGUCCGAGGUGGGCCACUUCCUCGGCGCAGGCGAGACGAAGGGGAACCUGUGCAUCAGCCCCGCGCUGAUGGAUUGGAUCGCUGAUCAGAUGAAGAUGGAAGCCGCGGUGGCGAAAUGGAUGGGCCUCGCGAAUUUCUUCCCGAGCAUCGCGGGCCUGGUCAACUUAACCCAGAGGCGCUCGCGCUUCCGCCUGGCCUCGAGGCGCCCAGGCGCGGCGCCCAUCGCCAGCGCGACGUUUUUCUUCCUGUGGAUGGGCGCCGCCAUCUGCCCCUUGGUCGAGCGGCGCGUCUUCGAGCUGCCGGGCGAGCUCUGCGCGACCCAGGGCGAUGUUGCAGCGCCCGCUGUGCAGACAGCCUCAGUGGAGCAUCUUGCGGGCCUCUACCGCGAGUUCGAGCUGCCUGCCGAUUCCAUCGUGCUGCAGGGUUGGGGGCAGAGUAUGCUGAAUCCCGAGUCGGUUGCAGCGGAGUUGCGGGGCGCGCUGGGCAUCGGCCGCCCGUGCGUGGACCCCGAGCUGUGCUUUCAGCCAAAGUCCCACGCUCAGUUUUUGAAGCAGCUGGAGGCCCGCGACAUGAUCGCGUGGCGGGUCGCCAGCCCUCAGUCUUCUCACUCUAUAGGCUUAUUCUUCGUGGAGAAAUCCAAUCGCAUGCUCAGGCUCGUGUUCGGCACAAGCUUGGCCAACUGCAGUUUCGAUGCGCCCCCAGCCGGCGAGCUCCCCACGCCCGGGAUGGAGUCGCUGUUCUCGCUGCCGGCGAUCUCCAACGGACGCACCGGUCUCAAAUCUAUCUACGGG